AUGAAUACACGAGGACCAAGUAUAGCUCCGAGACAGAUUGGCACGAGCUCCCUGACUCAACCCAUCGCAAUCGCACAUUCGCCCAAUAAUAAUAAUAACACCAACUCAUCAUCGACGGGCUCGACUCCAAGCAGUAUAGCAGGCAGUAGCCCCGCGAAUCCAGCAUCACCACCCACAGAUGAUAUCUCCAUCAGAAUGCAGGGGCACACGACCAGCAGCAUUACGACGCUGAUUAUGACUUCAAAAGAAUGGGUCUUGCCACCGAGACCCAAACCCGGUAGGAAGCCAAGCGUCGAUACGCCGGCAUCGAAAAGAAAAGCACAAAAUCGGGCGGCACAACGGGCGUUUCGUGAACGGAGAGCCACUAGAGUGCAGGAACUCGAGCAGAAACUAAUGGAAGUUGGCAAGGAGAAGGAAGUCAAGGAGAUGGCGUUGAUCAGCACCAUAAAUAAAUUGAAAGCCGAAAACCAUUUCUUGACAAAGAAUAUGGAGCAAUUGCGGCAGGACAUGAACGAAAUGAAACUACAAAUGGAGCAACUGCUGCUGCUGCAAGUUGGAGGUGCGAUGAGUCACGCUCAAACACGGCACCAUAAUGUGCUAUCAUCCACCCACCAUCAACAUCAACAUCAACAACAUCAGCAACAUCAGCAAAAACAACACCAACAACUCCGAAAUAGCACCGAGACAAAUGCCACUAUAUCCCCGUCAAACAACAGUAUAUCCCCCACGGGCUCAUCGUACUCACUACAGCAAAUUUCACCGGCGCCGUCAGCGGAUCUGCCUCAGAAUAUCACACUUUAUACCCUGCACCUGCACCUGCACCUGCAGCAAUACAACAAUCGCAACUCGAAUCAAAUCAUGACCCCACUGUCGAAUAAAACUACCCCAGAUAAGCUCUUGCUUCCCGCAAACCCAAAUGCAGAGAUAGACGCAUCAAACUUUGACUGCGGCGUUUGCGUCAAGGAAGAAUGCUUAUGUGAGUCGGUGGGGUUGAAAGAACCAAGCAAAAACCCGACAGAUCUGCAAACUCAACUUGAACAGCAGUUGAAAUCAUUCAAACCUGAGCCCGCGGUAUCCCUCAAGAGAAAGAGAAAAGCACCGGGCGUGGACGAAGUCAAGGAAGUUGACUUUACGCGGCAAUUUGCCACCAAGUCGAAACCAAUGCCGGAUUUGAAAAAGUUGAAAAAGAACACAACGUCGAACAAGACCGACGGCACCACCGCCACGGCAUCUCAUACAUCGUCAAGCUUUAACGAGGACUCGCCUAUGGAAAACUGCGGUUUCUGCUCAGAUGACACGCCAUGUGUAUGUCGAGAAGCCGCAAAGGAAGCCGCGAGACUAAACGCCUCAUUGAAUAGCAACAUCAUAGUCGAAGAAGAAGAAGGAGAAGAACAAGAUGAUGAUGGUCACGAUGAAGGAAUUGUCGAGUUUGGACGUGGUCACCACAGCAGAACACUACCUCCCAUCCAGUUCACCCAGGGAAGCCGCAAGUUGUCACUACCAGUAAUGCACCCGGGCCCACUGGUGGAAAUUCGAGAAAUCACAAACCUCACCCCCGGGGCAGUGCCCACGGUGAUUGCACGGACCCAGGAUCCAAUGCAAGCAAUCCAAACAGUCAUAGUCGAAGAACAACAACAAGAACAAGCACAAACACAAACACAAACACGAGAACAAGAACAAGACAAUGAUGGUGAAGACGGCGGAUGCACCGGUAACCCAGGCGCAUGCAAGCAAUGCCAAAUGGACCCCAUGAGCACCCUCUUCUGCACCACGGUAGCAUCAAAAAGCAGCGAACUAUCAUCAGUUCGACCACACUCAUCGCGCACCAGCUCCAAGACGUCGAUGCUGCUCCAACUCAACUUGCCCAAUGCUCCUCCCCCACCACCCCCCACUACUUCCAUCAAUGGUGAUGCGCCUAGUCCCAUCCCGCCGCCUUUGCUCGCGAGCGGCACCUUCAUCAACAAUAGCACGAGUGGGCCCUCGACUCCCAGCGCCACGGGUUUGAGUGGUGGUGCUGGCGCGGGCGCGGGCGGGAUGUUUAUACCUUGUGCUGAUGCGUACAAGACCCUUUCUCGACACAAGAAAUUCAACAGUGUGGAUUUCAGCACGUUGGUGGGGAAGUUGACUACGCGUGGUAUGCAGGUUGAAGUUCAAUCCGUGGCCAAUGUGUUGCGAGAAUUGGAUAGACGGUUGUAUAAUUGA